AUGCUCACGACGUUCGUGCUGUCGAUGUUCAUGUCGAACACCGCAACCACCGCCAUGAUGCUGGCGAUACUGGCUCCCCUGCUGGCGACGCUUCGCUUCGACGAUCCGCUGAACAAAGGGCUUCUCGUCGGCACAGCCGUGGCCGCAAACCUCGGCGGCAUGGGCAGCUUGAUCGGCACCCCGCCCAAUGCCAUCGCCGUGGGUGCCCUGGCAGAUACCAAUGGCGGUCACACCAUCAGCUUUCUGGAAUGGCUGUUGUUGGGCCUCCCCCCGGCACUGGCUUCGAUGUUGCUCGCCUGGCAGGUGCUAUUGCGCAUGUACCCGGUGGGCGAUCGCUCGAUUGAGCUGGACGUGAGCAUGGAGAAUGGAACACCCGAGACGCCGAGCCCUCAGUGGCAACGUGCGAUCGUUACUUUAACCCUCAUGGCUACCAUCGGGAUGUGGCUCACUUCGCAGUGGCACAACAUUCCCACCGCCGCCGUGUCGUUCUUGCCGAUUGUUGCCCUCACCACCACCGGAAUCCUCGGCGUGCAAGAAAUCCGAGGGCUAAGCUACGACGUGUUGUUCUUGAUGGCCGGAGGGUUGGCCCUGGGGCAAAUGGUCACCGAGACAGGGCUUGCCGAAUGGAUCGUCGCCCAACUCCCGAUUCAAGGACUCGGCCAACUCGGUUGGGCAUUUCUGUUGGCUUACGUCACCGUGCUUCUUUCGAACUUCAUGAGCAACACGGCAGCGGCCAACAUCCUGGUGCCCCUGGGCAUCACGCUGGCCGUGGGGUUCGAAUCCACCGUGGCAGUCUCGAUCGCCUUUGGAGCCUCGGCCGCAAUGUGCCUGCCGGUCGCUACACCCCCCAAUGCAAUGGUGUACGCCACGGGCCGCUGCGGCGCGGUCGAUUUCAUCAAAACUGGCAUCCUCAUGGGCCUCCUAGUCCCGGCCAUCGGUAUCCUGUGGUUGAAGCUGAUGCUCUCCACCGUCAUUGUUCACGCGUGCGUUCGAGUUUUUAGAAGCGAUCUUACAACCUCGCAUGACCUGAACGUGGGUGCCACUGCUGGCUUGCCCAGCAGUGCCGGUCGCGAGUACACACGUCUAGGCUUUGAAGUCGCUUCUAAUCAACUGGUACAGUUAAUAGAGCACUCAACUGGGGAGAUCAUCAUGAAUCGCAAACAGGCUUCCGACUUCGAUCAAGAACUGCUCGACCUGUACGACGACUACGCCCAUGGUCGGAUCGAACGCCGGCACUUUUUGCGACGUGCCUCCAAGUUCGCGGCGGCCGGAAUGACCGCCGAAGCGGUGCUUGCGAGCCUCAGCCCCACGUACGCCUGGGCCCAACAGGUCAACCCCGACGAUCCGCGGAUCGAGACCGAGUACAUCGAAUACGAUUCGCCCAAAGGCGGCGGAAAGAUACGCGGUCUCCUCGCCCGACCGGCGAAGGUCGAUAGCAAAUUGCCCGCCGUGUUAGUCGUUCAUGAGAACCGUGGCUUGAACCCUUACAUCGAAGAUGUCGCCCGCCGACUGGCCGUCGAUGGGUUCCUGGCCCUCGCCCCCGAUGCGCUGACCCCGCUGGGUGGAUAUCCCGGCAACGACGACGAAGGUCGCGAGAUGCAAGCCAAGCGCGAGUCGGAAGAGAUGACCGAGGACUUUGUCGCUGCGGCCAAAUUGCUCGACAGCCACGAACUCUCCAACGGUAAGGUCGGCGUGGUCGGCUUCUGCUUUGGCGGUGGAAUGUGCAACACGCUGGCCGUGCGAAUCCCCGAGGUGCUCGACGCGGUUGUCCCCUUCUACGGCCGUCAGCCCGAUGUGGAAGACGUCUCGAAGAUCGACGGUCCCUUACUCCUUCACUACGCCGGGCUCGACCAACGAAUCAACGCCGGAUGGCCCGCGUACGAAGAAGCCCUGAAAGAAAACAGCGUCGAGUACACCGCCUUCAUGUACGACGGCAAGAACCACGGCUUCCACAACGACACCACCCCCCGCUACGACGAAUCGGCCGCCAAGCUCGCCUGGGACCGCACCAUCGCAUUCUUCAAAAAGCACCUGAGCUAG